UACAUCUGAUCUGAGUUUAUUGUUUUCUCCAAUUGGGUAUCACUAAAAUUUGCCAAAUACGUGGUAUCAUGUUGAUAUCGUUUACGGUCAUCAUCGGAUUGGUCAUCGCUCUGGCUAGUUAUUUUUACAUGCAAUCUAGGCGUCGUCCCAAUUUGCAGCAAAGCAUGGAACAAUUCAAAGGGCAACCUCGGCUCCCGAAAUUCGCUGUUCCAAAACGCUAUGACAUACGGCUGAAACCGGACCUUAGCGCAUGCAAGUUCAGUGGCUCCGUGGCUAUCGAGCUCAACAUCGUGGCGGAUACGAGGUUCAUAGUCCUCAACGCCGCCGAACUCUCCGUUGAUACCCCCUCCGUAUCUUUCACUCACUCUUCUGAUUCUAAGGUGUUAAGGCCUUCAAAAGUUGAUGUGGUUGAAGAAGAUGAGAUUUUGGUUUUAGAGUUUGCUGACACGCUUCCCAUUGGGAUGGGACUUCUCACAAUCCGCUUUCAAGGAACUUUGAACGACAAACUGAAGGGCUUCUAUACAAGUACAUAUAAUCACAAUGGUGAGAAGAAGAAUAUGGCAGUUACACAGUUUGAACCAGCUGAUGCUAGGCGAUGCUUUCCGUGUUGGGAUGAACCUGCUUGCAAGGCUAUGUUCAAAAUCACAUUGGAUGUGCCAUCCAAACUGGUAGCUCUUUCCAACAUGCCAAUUUUUGAAGAAAAAGUGGAUGGGGAUCUGAAGACAGUUUCAUACCAAGAAUCACCGAUAAUGUCUACAUAUUUGGUGGCAAUUGUUGUUGGUUUGUUUGAUUAUGUGGAACAUCUUACAUCUGAUGGUGUUAAAGUUAGAGUAUACUGUCAAGUUGGUAAAGUAAAUCAAGCGAAAUUUGCAUUGGGUGUUGCUGUUAGGACGCUUGAAUUAUACAAAGACUACUUUGAGGUACCUUACUCCCUGCCCAAAUUGGAUAUGGUUGCAAUUCCUGAUUUUGCUUUUGGGGCCAUGGAGAAUUAUGGUUUGAUUACAUAUCGUGAAACGGCUUUGCUCUACGACGAUCAGCAUUCUUCAGCUACUAAUAAGCAGAGGGUUGUGAUAUGUGUAGCACAUGAACUGGCACAUCAGUGGUUUGGAAAUCUUGUAACGAUGGAAUGGUGGACUCAUUUGUGGCUGAAUGAGGGGUUCGCAACAUGGGUUAGUUAUUUAGCAGCUGAUAACUUGUUCCCAGAAUGGAAAGUGUGGACUCAGUUUCUUGGUGACUAUACAGAGGGUCUUCGGCUGGAUGGGCUUGCAGAGUCCCAUCCCAUUGAGGUGGAGAUAAAUCAUGCUAGGGAGAUUGAUGAAAUUUUUGAUGCAAUAAGUUACAGAAAAGGUGCAUCUGUUAUCCGGAUGCUGCAGAGCUAUCUUGGAGCUGAAUGCUUUCAGAGGUCACUUGCUUCAUAUAUAAAAAAAUUUGCUUGCUCGAAUGCAAAGACAGAAGAUUUAUGGGCUGCACUUGAGAAGGGAUCCGAUGAGCCUGUGAACAAGAUAAUGAAUUCAUGGACAAGGCAAAAAGGGUACCCAGUCAUCACUGUUGAAGUCAAAGAUCAGAAAUUGGUGUUUGAGCAGUCGCAAUUUUUGGCAAGUGGUUCUCAUGGGGAUGGGCAAUGGAUUGUUCCAAUAACAUUAUGCUGUGGCUCAUAUGAUGUGUGCAUGAAUUUUCUAUUGGAAUCAAAGUCUGGAACUCUUGAUAUGAAAGAAUUCCUGAGUGACAAAAGCAAUUUGGCAUCUGCUUGGGUAAAACUUAAUGUCGAUCAGACUGGUUUCUAUAGGGUAAAAUAUGAUGAGGACCUUACAGCUAGACUCCAACAUGCAAUAGAGAACCAACACUUGUCUGCAACAGACAGAUAUGGCAUCCUGGAUGAUUCAUUUGCCCUUUGUAUGGCUCGCCAGCAGUCUUUGAAUUCAUUGCUUACCUUGAUGGGUGCUUAUAGGGGGGAACUUGAAUAUACUGUGCUGUUUAAUUUAAUCAAUAUAAGUAACAAAGUUGAAAGAAUUGCAGCUGAUGCAACCCCUGAGUUACUGGAAUACAUUAAACAAUUUUUUAUUAGCCUUUUCCUGCAUUUAGAAGAUAAGCUUGGAUGGGAGCCUAAGACAGGCGAGAGCCAUCUAGAUGCAAUGUUGAGAGGAGAGGUUUUGACUGCCCUUGCUGUGUUUGGGCAUGAUCUGACACUAAAAGAAGCAAGUAGACGUUUCUGUGCAUUCUUGGAUGACAGAAAUACACCACUCCUCCAUCCUGACAUAAGAAAGGCAGCAUAUGUGGCUGUAAUGCGUAAAGUCAGCACUUCAAACAGAUUUGGUUAUGAAUCUCUUUUGAGAGUUUACAGAGAGACUGAUUUGAGCCAGGAGAAAACACGCGUUCUAAGUUCAUUAACAUCUUCUCCAGAUCCCAACAUAAUUCUUGAAGCUCUCAACUUUUUGUUGUCUUCUGAGGUUCGUCCCCAAGAUGCUGUUCUUGGACUUUCUGUUAGUAGGGAAGGACGCGAAACAGCUUGGACAUGGCUGAAGGAUAACUGGGAGCAUAUUUCAAAAAUCUGGGGUUCUGGAUAUUUAAUAACUCGCUUUGUCAACUCAAUUGUAUCACCGUUUGCUUCGUUUGAGAAGGCCGAGGAAAUAGAGGAGUUUUUUGCAAGUCGUACUAAGUCCAAGAUUGCUAGAACCUUGAAGCAGAGCAUUGAAAGGGUUCACAUAAAUGCAAAUUGGGUUCAGAGUGUUCAGAAUGAGGAACAUCUUGCCAAGGCCUUGAAGGGGUUGGUACUCGGGAAGAUCUAGGAGAUACUUUUAUUUGGCCUUUGUUGUCAAGAAGAAAGCAAGUGGAUUAUAUUUCACAACUUUCAUAAUGUAAAUUUGCCAAACAGGUGUGACAGUAAUAAAACAGACAUAUACCAUUUUUAUAUUAA